UGUCUCUAUACGCUACUGUGUUCUCCUUUCACUCUCUCUCCUCGAGCAACUUUUCUGAAUCUUUUAAAAGUUUCUUCUUUUCUUUUUCAUGAGCUCUUUUUGGGGUUUCAUGUUUCCCGAGCUUAUCUUUACUGUAACCAAUUUACUUUAAACUAAAGCUCGUGUUAGCUUCUUCUUCCUUUUUCUUCACUCUCUCUCUCUACUCUCUACUCUACAAACCGACUCGGUGAAAUGCUCUAAAGAAGCUAUUUUUGUUUUCUGGGUCUGCGUUGUUCCGCCGGAAAAUACUGCUAUUGAUUAUGUUUCUCGGAUCUGAGUUGAGUUGAGGCUAUGUACUAAACUGGAUUGCUGUUGUUGGGUAAUUUAGGGUUUUGUGAGAAUUGGUUGCUGAAAAGAGGGGAAGAAAGAUUCUCGGAUAUUCCGAAGAUUACUUCUUUUUUUGUAUGUCGCUUCUUUGCUGGGGAAACUUGUAUGUGAAGGGAUAUAUGCGUUGAACGAAUAAGCUUAAAGCCGGAUUUGCUGUCUUUAUAUCUCUCCUUGCUUCUGCUAAUAAUGUUUUGUUGUAUCUUCUAUCUCUUGGGAAGACCAGUUGAAUAAGCUAUGAGCCUUUCGUACUUGCUAGUGAUCUGAUUAACAGAUCAAAGCAAUGACUGAGAAGCUAGAUUUCUCUAAAUUCCAGGCCCUUUAGUACCGUUGUUCUUACUGCUAUCAGUUUACCUGAGCUUUUGGAGGAAGAAUUUAGGGUUUCAUUAUUUUAUCAAGUUAUGGAGGAUAUAGGAUUGGUUAAGCAGGGUUUGGUAUGGUUGCAGUCUCAGAAACAUUUGUGCUCAUGGGUUUGUGCUGCAACUCAAUGUUUUGGGGAAAAGACAGAAGCUUUGGCAGAGCGUCAUUGGCCACUAGUGUGCAGUGGAUGUGGGAAACUAUUAGGUUUACUUAGUUUAUCGUUUCUUUACUGGAAAGACUGCAUUUUGAGGGGUUUCCAGUCCAGUGCUAAAUUUGGUUCAGCUGCUUUGCUCCUGAUAAUGUGGAGUUGCUUCCUUAGCUUGACUUCAAUAUCUUGCUUGGUUUAUGUUCUGCUCGGUAUGGCAGCUGCUGGUGCUGUUGUAGUGUACUUAGGUCGCACUCCUGGGAUCUUCAUUGUAGGACUAUUUGGAAUUUUGAUUUUGUGGAUGUACGCUAAUUUUUGGAUCACCGGACUAUUAUUUAUAGUUGGAGGUUAUUUGUUCUCAUUGAAUCAUGCGCGGGUGGUGGUUCUUAUGGCGACGAUGUACGCAAUGUACUGUGUCAAAGCCAGACUUGGAUGGCCUGGAGUUAUUCUCUCGAUGAAUCUUGCAUUCUUGUCCAACGAUAUAUUUAUUCGGCUUCUUCAAUGGUGUGAUAGUGUUAGUGAAAAAACACAAGCGGAGGAGCCAAAGAAACCUGAAACUGUAAUAGAGGAAGAGUUUCCAGGAGAGUUUGAGUAUUCUUCUGUUCCUGUUGAAGAACCAGAGAAAAAGGUACAUGAAGAUAAGUCGUCCACUAAGCCAGCAUCACCAUCAACUGUUGUUAAUAACAUGAAGGAAAUUUCUAGUGUUAAGGUAGUUAAAAUAGAAACAGAUUCAGCUGAUGAGAUGAAAAGAAUACUUCAUAGUUUGAAUCACUAUGAAGCAUUGGGAAUCCCUCGGUAUAAAAAGAUUGAUGCCGCAUUGCUUAAGAAAGAGUAUAGAAAGAAGGCAAUGCUGGUUCAUCCGGAUAAGAAUAUGGGAAGUCCUUUGGCAAGUGACUCAUUCAAGAAACUUCAAAGUGCUUAUGAGGUUCUUUCUGAUUCUGUUAAAAGGAGAGAUUACGAUGAGCAGUUAAAGAAAGAAGAAUCUAGGACCAGGAGUGUAUGUCAGACCUCGCAUGCUGCUUCUCAUCAGAAUGUUCCCGACUAUCGAUCAGAAGAGUCAAGGCGCAUACACUGUACGAAAUGUGGGAAUUCACACAUUUGGGUAUGUACCAACAGGAGUAAGGCAAAGGCGAGAUGGUGUCAGGAGUGUGGUCAAUAUCAUCAAGCCAAAGAUGGUGAUGGAUGGGUUGAACACAAAGGGACUCUGGUAUUCGAGAAAGCACAUAAGAUUGAAAUACCACGAGCUUUCGUUUGCGCGGAGGGCAAAGUCUUUGAUGUCUCAGAAUGGGCUAUUUGUCAGGGAAUGGCUUGUAGACCAAACACACAUAGACCAAGUUUCCAUGUGAACAUGGUUGGUUUAGAAAAGGCAACCCAGAGAUCAAACUCGAGCAGGUUCCCUUGGGAUCUUGAUGUGGAGAUGAUGGAUGAGGAUGAAGAAGAGUUUGAGUUAUGGCUUCAACAAGCUCUAGCUUCUGGCCUCUUCUGUGAGACAUCAAAACGCAGAAAAAGCUGGAGUCCUUUCAAGUUAACCAAGAAACAAUCACGACGAACAUCGACUUGACCCACCUGAGAACAACACAAUUAACAGCAAGGGAUUUCAUGGCUUGUUCUUUCCGACAAUGAGAAAUGAGCGAAGACAUUAACGAAUAGUCUAAAGAGGAAACAACUUUAAAAGGUGCCAAUGAAGAAGAAAGGGACGUGGAAGCAUGAAACAAACUCUUUGAAAAUCAUUUUUGGAUCCCUUCUCUGUAAAUAGAAUCUAUGCAUCUAUGUACUGUGAUGUUAGAGUUUCUCUCUGAGAAAUCCAAAACUAUGUAACAAGAUAGUUUAUUACAAUUAAAUUUCUGGAAAAAACGUUUUAGUUAGAUAAA